ACAUCAAAGUUUUAGAGAUUUUAUUGCAGGAUUUUUUGUUAAUGGCCUCCAUGGUGAAUUUGGAGAAAGUCCAGCUGAGCAAGCAGAACAAGACCUCGACAGACUCGCUUGAACUUUUGUGUCUGCUGGAUCAUUCAGAGGAUGAAUACCUCAGCACUCAAUUUGAGUGUCAACAUGACGCACAAGCUUUUCACUGUCACAGCCUGGAAGACACAAGCUUGAAGCACCAGGACAAAACACAGGCCCGGAGAAAGUUACUCAUCACAUGUGCUGUGUGCUUAAUCUUCAUGAUCGGAGAAGUCAUUGGUGGUUACGCUGCUCGCAGUCUCGCUAUCAUGACUGAUGCUGCUCAUCUUCUCACUGACUUUGGAAGCGUUUUGAUCAGUCUCUUCUCGCUGUGGAUUUCCUCCAAACCGCCAUCCAAACAUCUGACCUUUGGAUGGCAUAGAUCAGAGGUUUUAGGAGCUCUUCUGUCUGUUAUGUCCAUCUGGACUGUGACGGUGGUUCUCGUUCUCGUUGCUGUUCAGAGGAUCAUCAGUGAUGAUUAUGAGAUACACAGUGAUGUCAUGAUAAUCACAGCUGGAUGUGCUGUAGCACUCAACAUCUUUUUGGCUUUCAUUCUCCAUCAGUCUCCGGGCCGUCACUCUCACAGCUCUCUCAGUGUCUCGGGUCAUUCUCACGGCCUCACAGAAGAGCACAGGAACACCAGCGUGAGGGCUGCUUUUAUUCAUGUGCUGGGGGAUUUACUGCAAAGUUUAGGUGUGCUGCUGGCUGCCACUAUCAUCUACUUUAGGCCUGAAUGGAAAAUAGCAGAUCCAAUUUGUACUUUUCUGUUUUCAAUACUUGUGCUCGGAACAACAGUCACCAUCCUGAAAGACAUAUUCAAAAUACUCAUGGAAGGAGUCCCGCAUGGCAUUGACUUUGACUCUGUGAAUGACGUUCUGCUGGCAGUGGGCGGAGUCAGAUCUACACACAGUUUGCGCAUGUGGUCUUUAACUGCGAGUGAAACGCAUCUCUCAGUUCACGCGGUCAUAGAUGAGCAAACCAGCCCACAGACUGUGCUUAUGGACAUAACCACAGUACUCCAGAUAGAAUAUGGAUUCAGCAAUAUCACUGUUCAAACGGAGUCUUAUUGCUUACAGUACCAGGAACCGAUGGACUGACAUAGGAUUUUAGCUUCUCAUUACACAGGUUGAGUGUAAUAUACAUUUUUACAA